CAACUAGGAGCCAAUACACAAAAGUUAAGGGUUUAAAAAAAAUAAAAAAAGAAGAAGAAGAAGAAAGGUUGUAGUAGGAGGAGUCCUAUUUUCCAACAAUAGCUGACAUCCGAUCUGUCUUAACAGGUGGCAAGCUAUGGCUGAUAUGCAAAAUCUGGUGGAGAGGUUGGAGAAAGCAGUGGGCAGGCUGGAGGCCGUAUCUCACUCCUCCGGCAUGCAUGGAGGGUGUGGAGACAGUUCUCCGAAAGGACUAGCUCCAUAUGUGGAAGUUUUUGACUCUCUACUUGCUGGCCCAGCAGCAGACUAUCUAAGGAUCAGCAAAGAAAUCGGGGGAGAUGUUCAGAAACACGCUGAGAUGGUCCACACUGGUCUGAAGAUGGAACGCUCUCUUUUGGUGACAGCCUCUCAAUGCCAGCAGCCAGAUGGGAAUAAGCUUUCGUCUUUGUUGGCACCGAUCUCUGAGCAGAUCCAGGAGGUUCAGGCCUUUCGGGAGAAAAACCGAGGCAGCAAGUUAUUCAAUCAUCUGUCAGCUGUCAGCGAGAGUAUCCCAGCCUUGGGUUGGGUGGCCGUGGCACCAAAGCCUGGCCCAUAUGUGAAGGAAAUGCAUGAUGCUGCCAUGUUUUACACAAAUCGGGUCCUCAAGGAGUUCAAAGAUGUGAAUAAAAAGCAUGUGGACUGGGUAAAAGCUUACCUAGCUAUCUGGACUGAGUUGCAAGCAUACAUUAAGGAGUAUCACACCACUGGGCUAGCCUGGAACAAAACGGGGCCCACAGCAAAAGAACUGAGUGGCAUAUCAUCAGGCCCUUCAGCCCCUCCUCCCCCACCACCUGGACCACCUCCUCCACCCAUCUCUACUAGCUCCAGCUGUGAUGAGUCUGCCUCUCGGUCAGCACUGUUUGCUCAGAUUAAUCAGGGAGAGGGCAUCACACAUGCUCUGAAACAUGUUUCUGAUGACAUGAAAACUCAUAAGAACCCGGCCUUAAAGAGCCAGAGUGGACCGGUGCGCAGUGGCCCCAAGCCUUUUACAGCCCCCAAGCCUGCUGGUGGUGCCACUCCCAAACCAGCCACCAAGAAGGAACCCCCAGUGCUGGAGUUGGAGGGCAAGAAAUGGAGAGUGGAAAACCAGGAGAAUGUUUCCAACCUAGUGAUAAAUGACACAGAGCUGAAGCAAGUGGCUUACAUAUACAAGUGUGUGAGUUCUACACUCCAUAUCAGGGGCAAAAUCAAUUCCAUCACACUAGAUAACUGUAAGAAGCUUGGCUUGGUGUUUGAUGACGUCGUGGGGAUUGUGGAGAUCAUAAACAGCAGAGACAUCAAAGUUCAGGUGAUGGGUAAAGUGCCAACUAUUUCCAUCAAUAAGACAGAUGGCUGCCACAUAUACCUGAGCAAGAAUUCUCUGGACUGUGAAAUCGUCAGUGCCAAGUCUUCUGAGAUGAAUGUCCUCAUUCCCACAGAAAGUGGUGACUUUAAUGAGUUCCCCGUCCCUGAGCAGUUCAAGACACUGUGGAAUGGGCAGAAGUUGGUUACCACAGUGACCGAAAUUGCUGGCUAAGGAGAGUGCCACUGGGUCCCGUGCCCUCCCCCCAUUCAGAUGAUUCUCUUCUAGAUUUCCUCUACCUUUCUGCUCUUAAAGGCUUCUCCUUCCUUGGAGAAGUACAGCUACCUGCCUUCACUGAAUAUACCUCAGGCUGAGAUGGGGGUGGGGCAGCAGGUCCGUUGGUCAUCUGCAUGUGAUCUGCGGGAAGGUGCAUCUUCUCCAUGUCAGCUUGAACCAUACCACCAGUCCCUCCUUGGUGAACUUCAGACCAAUUUGGAUGGGUUUCAGCUUUGGGGAGGGUCCCCUCGGAUGAACGGACCAGGUUGUUCCUGCAAGGGUUAGUCCUCUGCAUAAUGCUUUUCAGGAAGGUAGCUGAAGCUGAUGUGUAACCCCGGCUAGACAUUCUAACCAAACUAAUUCACUGGCACUGAGGGACAUUCCUUGGUCCUGGCGACGUGGCUGCCCUGAACCCGAAGCUGACGCCUGGGCACCCAGCAUUCCAAGCCGAGUUGUUUCCCCUUUAGCAUUCCUUUUAUUCCACGUUCUGCUCCAGUUCUGUCUGUGCCAUGCCAGGAGGUUUCCCUGUACCAGCUGCCAUAGGAAGUCCACUCUACGGCACCUGGGCGAAAGUGGGGCCCUCUUCCAUGUGAGCCUUUGGGGUGUCGGCCAAGCACCUCCCUUCAGAAAAGUUUUUUUAAAAAUCAUUCCAAGGAAUCUGGCAUUCCUUCUCCCUUCCAUUAACUAUUAUGAAUCUUGACAGGUGCCUGUCAUCUAUUCUUUCAGAAUUGUCUUGGCACCCGCCUUCUUGUCCCUAAACGGUUUAACUUUUUUUUCUUGGCUGGGAGGCUUACAGCUUUUGUUCAUAUCCCGAACAGAAGCUUAAAACCCCCAUGCAGGCUGUUGCAUGGGCUUGAACUUGGUGGUUUCAGGCCUUGAAUAGCUUUUCCUAUGUAUAAAAUGGUUUUUAUUUUCCCUUUAGAAUAUUUACUAAAAUAUGCAAUUUUUUUUAAAAUUUUUUGGCGGGGGGGCUGUCCUGUGACUUCUACCCAUUCCUGAGGCUUGUGGGAAUAAACCUUUACUUAAAAAUUAUAAAGAAACUAGAAUAAAGUUAAUGCCAACUUGC